UUCAAGGCUAUUCAAUCUCCAUCUAUCAGCAUUAUUAGCUAGCUCUACUUGCAGAUUUUUGUCCCACACCAUUCAUACCAGACCUUUAUCUGCUUGUUGGUUUCUGCAAAAAUUGCCAAAUUGUUUGCCCGGCCUGCUUUAUGCUUUAUAGCUAGCAAAGACGUUGCCGCUGCUUCUCUUCUACUUCAUUAGCAGUCGAUCCCUCACUCCCCAAAAGUACUCGCGUCUUGAUGUUGCCGACAUUCAAUCAGUUCAUCUUUUCAUUACUACUUCUUUGGUUUGCUCUUAAUCUUCUGCUCCUUGUUCAUGCACUGGAUGAUCAGUCAGGAGUGCACAAGGAUGACCGGGAGUGGUAAUCACUUUUUUAUAUGUCUCUCUCAGGCUUCAUUAGCAUAGAUUGUGGCAAAUCGGGUUCUAGCUAUACUGAAAAAGUUACUGGAAUUACUUACAUUUCGGACUCAAACUUCGUCGACACAGGUGAAAGUAACUUCAUUUUGGAUAAAUAUUUGGAUGCCUAUCAACAGCCAUACCAAUCUCUCAGGAGCUUCCCUCAAGGCAUCAGGAACUGCUACAAAAUAAACAUUAGAAGUGGAACGAAAUAUUUGAUCCGAGCAGUGUUCGUGUAUGGGAAUUAUGAUGGGCAGGACAAGUUACCAAAAUUUGAUCUGUAUGUUGGACCAAAUUUGUGGGAUUCAGUGAAGCUUAUGAAUGCAUCCAUUGGCGUAACCAAGGAGCUCAUACAUUAUGUCCCAAGACCCAGAAACUAUAUACAACUUUGUCUGGUGAACAAGCUCUCUGGAAUUCCAUUUAUAUCAGCAAUAGAGUUGAGGCGUCUUCCCAACUCAACUUAUUCAACUGAAGAGGGGUCAUUGGCACUUGUCUCACGGUUUGACACUGGUCAAAUAGCCCCUAAUUUGACAAAAUACAGGUAUCCGUUCGAUAUCCUCGAUCGCUUCUGGUAUCCGUACGAUAGUGACUGGAAUAAUUGGACGCAAUUGAGUGCCUCAACCAACACAAGCUCGGCUUUUAUGCCAUCUACGGAUUCUGGUACUGACUCUGAUUAUAAAUUACCUUUUGUGGUUAUGAGUACUGCUGCCACGCCCAGAAAUAGGAAUGGUGCAUUGAAUAAUUUCUGGCCGCCUGAAGCUAAAAAUGGACAGUAUUACAUUUACUUGCACUUGGCUGAAGUUGAAAGACUCCAAAGCAUGUGCAACCAGUCCAGGCAAUUCAAGAUGACUAUGUAUGGAAGACUAUUAUUUGGGCCAUAUGUUCCUCAAUAUUACAUGAGUGAAACUUUUUAUAACCGUGAGGCUCUAAGUGGAGGACAAGAGAAUUUUACAAUCUCCAUGACUGGUAAUGCUACCCUUCCGCCUAUUCUCAAUGCCUUCGAGAUUUACAUGCUAAAAAAGUUCUCAGAGUCAGAAACAAACCAAGAAGAUGUUAGCACAAUCACAAGAAUCAAGUCGACUUAUAAAAUUACAAAUAAUUGGCAAGGAGAUCCAUGUGCACCUCAACAUUACUCAUGGGAAGGUCUAAAUUGUAGCUAUCAGGAAAGUGAUGGGUCCCCACGAAUCAUAUCCUUGCACUUGCCCUGGAGUGGAUUACAAGGGGAGAUAACUCCUUCUAUAUUUAAACUUGUAAUGAUACAAUCUUUGAACCUAUCAAACAACAAUUUGACAGGACCAAUUCCAAAGGUUUUGUCUCAACUGCCAAACUUGGUUUUCCUGGAUUUGUCAAACAACAAAUUAACUGGCCCAAUUCCAGAUAUUUUCUCUCAAAUGCCAAAGUUAAAUAUCUUAAACUUGGAGAACAACAAGCUCACAGGCUCUAUUCCGGAAGGACUAAUUCGAAGAAUGAAUAGCGGUUUCUUGUCAUUAAGACUGUGCGAAAAUCCAAAUCUACUUGGAAAUGUUACUUGCAAGAACAAGAAGAAGAAUUUCCUCCAUCCCAUAGCUAUUUCAAUUGUUGGAGUUUCAAUCCUCUUCUCAAUUUUAGCAUUUAUCUGGUGGAGCUGUGUGAGAAAAAGAAAACACAAUGCAAAAGCCAACAUUCAACUUGGGUCAAAAAGAAAGUUUGCGCACUCUGAGAUAGUCAAGAUGACUAACAACUUUCAGAGGAUUCUUGGCAAAGGUGGAUUUGGAACGGUGUAUCACGGACACAAAGACAACAUUCAAGUAGCUAUCAAGAUGCUUUCGCCAUCAUCAGUUCAAGGGUUUCAACAAUUUCAUGCAGAGGUUGAUCUUCUUAUUAAAGUUCAUCAUAAAAACUUGACAAGCCUUGUUGGAUAUUGCAAUGAUGAAACCAACUUGGGGCUCGUCUACGAGUUCAUGGCCAAUGGAAACUUACAAGAACAACUAUCAGAUAGCAGCUCACGUAUCUUAAGCUGGGAAGAUAGACUUAGGAUUGCAGUAGAUGCAGCACAAGGAUUGGAGUACCUGCACUAUGGUAUUAAGCCACCAAUAAUCCAUAGGGAUGUGAAAUCAGCAAACAUUUUGCUGGAUGAUAAUUUUGAAGCCAAGGUAUCAGAUUUUGGCCUAUCCAGAAAUUUCCCUGCAGAUGCUGGGACUCAUAUAUCGACAGGUGUUGCAGGAACUACCGGGUACCUUGAUCCCGAGUAUUACCUAUCAAAUAGGUUAAAUGAGAAAAAUGAUGUUUAUAGCUUCGGGAUUGUGUUGUUGGAAAUUAUCACAGGUCAACCAGCAGUUUUAUCGACAACGGCUGAGAGAAUUCACAUUAGCCAAUGGGUUGGUUUCAUGCUUGUAAGAGGAGACAUUUCCAGUAUUGUCGAUCCAAGGUUGGACGGGGAUUUCACUGUCAACUCUGUUUGGAAAGCUGUAGAGAUAGCAAUGGCAUGUGCCUCACCACAUGCCAUUAAAAGGCCAACUAUGAGUCAAGUGGUUAUGGAACUAAAGGAGUGUUUGGCAACACAAAUGGGCAGUAGUACUGGCAUAUGUGGCAACACAACGCAUAACAAUAAAACUGAAUUAACAAGCUCCACUGAGCUGAUGUCUAACGAUUCAAUUCCUAUGCUAAGUCCACCCUCUGUGAGGUAGUGGUAGUAGUACUGGCAUAUGUGGUAUAACUUUUUUUUUUUCCUUAUUUUCUUUGUGUCAAUGAUCAAGGAUUUACAACACAUGCACUCUCUUUCAAUAGAGACUAUAUUCUGUAUUGCUUACAACCCGAUUCUUUUUUUCCAA